AUGACGAAUUAUAUAGAUUUAAAUCAAACAAUACUUUCUUCUUUACAGUCAGGUGAUGAACAAUCAUCAGAUGAUGAAAUUAAAACUCUUUUUAGUUCAUCACCAGAAAAUGCUGAUGCUGAUAUUGAUACAACAUUAGCAUCACGAUGCUAUGUAUCAACAAAUGUUCAAACAGUUUAUAAUGAACUUUUAUUAAUUCGACAACGUUUAUCAGAAGAAAAUGAACGUUUAAAAAAAAAAUCUAUUUUAUUAAAUCAAUGGGAAGAACGUAUGCGUGAAACAAUAGAACAUGGUUGGCAAGCACAUAAAGAUAAAUUUGAUAGUGAAAUAAAUAUUUAUAAAGAAAAAUUAAAUCAAAUAACAAAAGAUUUUAAACGAACAAAUGAAACAUUACAAUUAAUGCGUGAACAAAAUAAUGAAUUAAAACGUAAUUUAAAUGAUUUACGUGAAACAAAUGAAAAAUUAAUUGAAAAAACAAAACAAGCAGAUAAACGUAGUGAAAAUUUAAUACGUUUAAAUCAAAUAUCAGAACAAAAAAUUAAAGAAUUAGAAAAAACUAUUGAAAUGAAUAAAAAACUUUCUUUAAAUAAUCAAAAUGAAGAAUCUAUAAAAUCAAUUGAAAAUAAUAAUUGUUGUCGUAAUAUAUCGAUUGGAGAUCAUUGUUAUGAACAUCAUUCAUCAAGAAAUUCUCAUUUUCAUAUAUGA